AUGUUCAAGGCUUCAAGUGAUUAUGUAGCCCGGCUCUCCGUGGAUCAUUCGAAAGUGAAGCCGAAGGAAAAGGGAUCGUUGGGUCCCCGGAAACGUACGCCCCAAGGGCCCGACUCCAUAGCUGACAUAGUACCUUUCAUUUUCAGUGUGAAGAUACGUCUUGGGACUAUCCGCCAACUCCGAACUAAAGCUGGUACUGUCGCUGCCAAACCUAUCAAUCAUGCGCACAACCAAAUGGAUGUUUGUGGUGAUGCCCAACUGACGGCGACUCAGUGCGGGAGGACGACGAGCUCUACCUCGCCCAGGAAUAACACCUUUAUGAACACUCGGGACGCCGGCACCUUCUCAACCACUAUCCGUUUCCCGCCUCUCUUCUCUUCAGACUUGGGUCCGCCUGUGCUGUUAUACCCUUCUCCUACUCUCACGGCGCGUAUGCAUUACGGCGAAGAUCUCAGUCUUUCGUAUCCUCAUUCUUACGACUCCUACGACCCGAUUAAUAUUCUCAAGAUAACGAUGCGUUCCUCAACCGAGGUUGAGAUUCCGCUUGAUGAGUUAUUGAGAGGGAUGGAUGAGUUAUUGGGAGAGAUGGAUGGGUUUGACGGUAUGGGAGGUAUGGAGGGCUUGGACGGCGGAGACGACAUGGAUGGCCUCCUUAAUCAUUUGCACCUGUUGUUCAACCAAUUUACUCAAACUACGACAACGGCGUCGUCGUCGACUCCCCCGUUGUUCGGUACCACCUCCUUAGUUCCACCGUCCAAAAACCCCAACGCGAACGAUUUCGAUGGGGAAGAUGAAAGCCAAGACGUAGAGAUGUUCGAUCAUUCCUCUUCCGCUUAUCACCCCUUGAUCUUUGACGACAAUCCCAAUAACGAACAUAUCUCUUCGUUUGAUUGUGACCUCAACUCUGCUGAACCUAUCCAAGUUCCCAUCCCAACUGUAUCCGGAGACUCGUUGCGUGUGCUGUUUGGGGACUCUCCCAGUGGUCGUUUAUCAACUCCAUUCGAGGAGGCUCUGAGUUUCAGUGGCCAGCAAGGUCGUUUGAGUCGGCUUAGCAGUCCCACUAGCCGCAGUAGCCAUCACACCCAUCUUUCCAACCACAAAGAUGACGCAGAGUUCAGUGUGGACGUCGAUGUUGAAUCGGACAACUCAGACUCCAAGUCCAACUCUAGCGAGUCUGUCGAGUUGAUGAUGUCUUCCCCGACCACGAUGACGUUAAGCAGUGCUCAACACAGUACUGAGUUCGUUUAUUCCGGUGCUGGCUCCAGCAAGUCUCUCAGCCAGAGGAGGUCUACAACCACUCGUCCUUCCUCUCCUACUGGAGGGGGAGGAGUUGCUGGUGGUGGUCUUUCUGUCUCUAGUAAACCCAGGGCUUCAUCUAGACCACACAACCGGCCUACACCUUGGGCGAACGCACGAGCUAUGCCGAGACCUUCUGCCCGUCAGACUGCGAGAGCUGGUGCCUGCGCUUACGGUGUGAACGUCUUCGAGUGGAGUGUCGACGAGAUCAGGUUUGCCGAGUGCGACUGCACGUCCGAGUUCGCUUGUUCCGUCGAUUUGAAGGAUCUGGUGGCAAGGAUGGAGAAACUGGAGAGGGAAACCCAUGAACUGGAGGCGAAGAACAGGGACCUUGAGAACAGGGUGGACAGAAUGGCACACGUGGGGAGGCAAGAAGAGGAAGCGCAGGUGGAGAGAAUGUCAGAAAGGGCGAGGGAAGUUACUGGCUAUGGCGCACACCAAAAGAGGAUGGGAGAAGAGGAAACAGUGUACGAUAGCCGAAGUGGGAAGGUUCCGCGCGGGAACUACGCGGAAUCAGUCCAUGAUAUGGGCGGCAGGGGUAAUGGUCACAGGGACUUCCGACAGAACGAAUCUCACACUCGCGGGAGUUAUCAGCAUAAUCGAGCUUACGGCAUGCCGCCGCCACGUCUCGGCCAGCCAGCACCGACUGCCCCUGCAAAGGAUAAGCAGGACCUGAGGUUAGCUAUUGGAGUGUUUCGAGGCCAAUAUGCCACUGCCACUGUGGGUGAACAGAUCGCCCUCAUUGCGCAAACUGUUCCGAGGAGCUUCAUCCCCAGCGAUGCCAGGAGAGAUGACUACCGAUUUGGGUUACUGGUAAUGACAUUCAGGUCCUACAAUGACAGGGAUGCUUUUACGCAAGAGUGGAGCGCACACUAUAAGAAUUCAUUGCUGGAGUGGGAAGGAUUGAAGCUCCGGGGUAUUGGGGAAGAUUUCUAG